AUGACAAAAUGCGUACUUCCAAAAUUUGCAUUUUAUAUACUCACAGUUUCAAGCAUCCCUCUAAUCUACAUAAAUAAUGUGAAGGAAUUUUCUUAUAGUUUUAUAGACAAAAUUAAUACAUAUGUUAAUUUGAAAAAAGGAAAUGAAUACGAUAUACAUUGGAAUAAUUUAAGUGGUUAUUCAAAUGAAAUCAAAAACCAAGUGUUGACAAAUACGAAAGAAAAAUAUAAAUUAAACAUUUUAGGUAGAAUUUUAAGUAAUUCUGAAAAAUCCUUAUACACCCCUAGCAAAAACAUUUCCAGUACAUAUUCCUAUGAUGAUGUUUCACUUUCUGAAGAUGAUAAUGUGUCCAAUAUAUUACCAAAUGACGGUAUUUAUUAUUGUUUCCGAAGUAUUAUAAAUAGCAUAUAUAAAAAAAGGAAACAUAAAAAACAUACUUCCCCUAUUUCUAAACCCAUAUCCAGCAUGUUAGCUUCCAAAAUGCCUGAAAAUAAAAAAGAACCUAGUCCAGAUUUGGGACCUUAUUCCAUUAAUUAUACAAUUAGAAAAUUUCCUCGUACAGACAAAACUAACGGAUAUUGUAUGAAAGGAAACAAAUUUAUGAUUCUUGCUCGUGAAGGUACUCCAACUUUGUUCACAGUAGAUUCAAGAAAAUAUGCCCGUUAUUUUUUAACCCUUUUUAAACAAAUUGUAAAUGGUAAUAAACGAAUUAAAUCAAAAGAUGCUGUAGAAUAUGCAUUUAAAAAUAAUUAUUAUAACGGAGCAAUAAGUAUUUGUGCAAUAGUUAUUAAUGAUGAUAACACAAUAUCUGCAAGUUUAAUUGGAAAUCAACAAUAUAUAAUUAUACGAAAUGGACAAAUUAUACAUAAAGGAACAUAUACUGAUGGAAAAUAUAAAUAUUUCGGUACUGUAGGACCUGCUGGUCAUAAUGAUCUUAAUUGUUUGAUUCAUGAAGAAGUCCCAGUAGAAAAAGGUGACAUUAUUAUUUCUGGAAGUAGUGUCAUAUGGGAUGCUUUACAAGAUGAUCAAGUAUUAGCUAUAGCAUCAAGUGUUGAUUUUAGUAUAUUAUCAAAGGCAAUAGCAAGAUCUGCUUAUAUCUAUACAAUAUCCGAAUUGGAAAUCAUGCGUAAGGACUAUAGUUCUAUGAAUGUCCACAAUAAAGGUUUGUAUGAUAUUGAUGACGAUAUUUCUGUGGCAUGUGCUCGCAUUAAUUAA